AUGGCGAACCUGAUGUCCCUCCAGCGACCGCCCUCGGCGCCUCUCCCACGCACUGAUAUCCAACUCAUGGGAGAUGCGUGGAGGUAUUUGAACCGUCAAAUCCGGAAGCAUCGUGCACGUCGACUUUCGAAGGCCGGGGCACAGCAAGUAUGCUAUGAUUCAAGCUACGAAGGAUCAAUCAUCAGCAGAGCAGAUACUCUCGUUGUUUCGGAAAAUGCUAAAAAAUGA